AUGUCGUGUUGCAAACAUGUUUUGUCUGAAGACAUUCUGUACCGUGAGGUGACCUCUGACCAUAAACUGUUAACCAGGAAACUUUUGACCAAGACAAAUCGGCUCCCACGGUGGGCAGAACGCUUUUUUCCUGCUAAUGUGGCCCAUGCUGUUUAUAUCUUAGAAGAUUCUAUUGUGGAUCCUAUUAACAGAACUCUGACUUCAUUUACAUGGAAUAUAAACCACACCACAAUGAUGACCGUGGAGGAGCGUUGUCUAUACUGUGAAAAUACUGAGAACGCUGGCUGGACUCAAAUUAGACGAGAAGCAUGGGUGUCAUCAAAGAUGUUUGGCUUUACCAGACCAAUUCAGGAGUUUGGAUUAGCUCGAUUUAAAAGUAAUGUGACCAAGGCAAUGAAGGGCUUUGACUUUAUCUUGGCCAGAAUGCAAGGUGAGGCACCUGCUAGAACUCUGGUGGAAACUGCAAAAGAAGCAACAGAAAAAGCAAAAGAGACUGCGCUGGCCGCAAAAGAAAAAGCAAAAGACUUGGCUAGUAAGGCAGCUACGUCAAAGAAGCAGCAGUACGUCUGAUGGUGUGAAAUCCUCAUCUUUUAAGCUUGGCCCACAUCAUUUCAGAUGCGUGAAAUUGGUAACGGUGCUGGGUUCAUCUGUCACCUGAACCAAAGUCUGAUCUAUAUAGAGAUGUACAUCUAUUUUUCAAUCAGCAGCUUUGAUAGAUCAUUAACAGUAUGAAAACUUGAAUGUGUACAGGGAAGAAUCAAAUCUUACUUUUCUAAUCUUUAAUUUAUGAUUAAAGAAUAAUCUGGUAAAAAAAAAAAAAGGUGAAUAAAAUGUCUACUGGUCUAUAUUAUUUGUGAUAAAUAAAUAAAUCAUUUGGUGCAAGAGACAAUUUUAUAUCUCGUUAUAAACAUUAGACUUUAAAACCAAA